GUGAUUUUGAUUCAUAUCUGAAAGAUAAGAGGAUGAAUUAUCUAGACUAUCUAUUCAUUUUACUGUUUAUAAUUAAUUUCUCAUCAUUAUCAAUUGAAAAUCCAAUCUUAACAGAAAUUACAACACCAGAAUUGAGUCAUAUAGAAACGGAGUCAAGUGUAGUUCCAGUUAAUCGUCUUGUAGAAAAUUCCACUGAAUUCUACAAUGUUGAAGAUUUAGGUUCAACGGGAGGAGAAGAAUGGAAUUCCAAUAUUACAGGAACCUCAUCUUCAUUUGGUAGUGUAUCUGAUGGAACUGUUCCUAUUUAUCAAGAAGAAUUGAAUUUCACUACAUCUGAGAAGUAUGUUUCCAUCACUUCUGAGUAUGUCACCGAAAAUGAUACAUCGACAUUUCAACUUGAAGAUCAAAAGACAGAAGAACCUGAAACAGAAAAUAAUGAUAUAGUGACUUUACUAGAUAGCUUAUUGAAUAAACUUAAAGUACCUUCAGAGAAUUGGUUAAAUUAUCAUUAUAUAAUGGCAAUGCAAAGUCCUGAUGGAAGUAUUUAUGUACCAAAAAAUCAUACACAAAGUACUAGAAAACAUUUGAUUACAUUAUUAGGAUUUGCUGAAGAAAUUGUAUCGAAUAAAGAUGGUAUUACAUAUGUCAACAACAAGAACCGGAACCAUAACAACAACAACCACAACAACACCAGUGAAGAGAAGUUACCAAUCACUACACAAUGGAUAAAUGAGAAUAUUUUGAUUCUUAAUAAUAAUACAUCAAUCAUUGAAGAUAAUCAAUCAAAUAUUGAUUAUGGAACAAACAUAACUGAUAACAGUCAAGAAUUCUUAGAAAUAGAUGAUGAAAUGGGAACAUUCACUGAAAUAUCUAAUCUUUUUACUUUAAAUACUACUGAAAGAGAAGAAGUCAAGUUAGUAGAUUAUGCCUUACAUAACUCUUCGAAUGAUUCAAACGAUCUACAUGAAAUCAUGGAAUCUAUAACUUCGGAGGAUGUUGAUCGUAGAAUACCUGAACAAAAUCAUCAUUCAUCUACAUGGGUUACCGACGACAGAUUGUCAAACAUAACUAAUGAUUUACAUAUAAACAAUAAACAAGACAAUAUUACAACUGAUUCAAUGGAUCAUGUUAAUCAACAACGUAUUAAGCUAAAUGAUAAUGAAACUAUGAUAAUUUAGAUGAUCAGAUUUAAAAAAAAAAACAAUCAAUUAAUUUGGUAACAUUAAUUUAUCAUACAAUAAUAUACUACUUAUAUUACUAUUAUUCAAUACUACUAUUGGUUAUCUCUUUUAAACCUCAAUUUAUUAUUGAAAUAAAUAAUGAUUCUUAAAUCAA